AUGCAUAAAACUGUCGAUCUCCACUGCAUCUACCCCAACUCUUUGACUCUGGUCUGCCCAGAGGGGUGUGCUGAGCCCCUUCCCCUGAAGCUGGUGACCCUGAAUCCCCCUCCUGCCCUCCCACCCUCCACACCCACCCUCUCCCUGGGGCUGGUGGGAGACAUGGCCGGCGGGCGCAAUGUGCCGAGCCCGAGGUUCCUCACUGGAUGGGCUGCCCAGCCAUGCCUCCGUUGCUGCUUGGCCCAGGGCGUCAGCCUGCCUUGCCCCCUCUGGUGUGAUUUUGACAAACGGACACCCUUUGAGAAUCAGACUUCCAAUUCUUCUGCAUCUUUUACGGACAUUUGCUCCUACCCGGAGUAUUUUGUCUUCACGGGUAUCCUGGCGAUGGUGACUUGUGCCGUGUUCCUCCGACUCAACUCUGUCCUCAAAUUGGCUGUGCUGUUACUGAUGAUAGCGAUUUACUGCUUCCUGACAGAGACCAUUUAUGCUUCCCUCUUCCUACAGUAUGAUGACGUCAAUCAUAAUGGAGACACAGACUUCCUGGGAACAAAGGAAGCCUCUUUGCUUCUAAUGGCCAUGUUUCUGCUAGCUGUAUUUUAUCAUGGCCAGCAGCUGGAAUACACGGCGCGGCUGGACUUCCUGUGGCGUGGCCAGGCCAAAGAAGAAAUCAAUGAGAUGAAGGAGUUGCGCGAGCACAACGAGAACAUGCUGCGCAAUAUCCUGCCGAGUCACGUGGCCCGUCACUUCUUGGAAAAGGAUCGCGAUAAUGAAGAUCUCUAUUCUCAGUCCUAUGAUGCAGUCGGAGUCAUGUUUGCUUCCAUCCCUGGCUUUGCUGACUUCUAUUCCCAGACGGAAAUGAACAACCAAGGAGUCGAGUGCCUGCGUCUGCUGAACGAAAUCAUUGCCGACUUUGACGAGUUACUAGGCGAAGAAAGAUUUCAAGACAUUGAAAAAAUUAAGACCAUCGGAAGCACAUACAUGGCAGUAUCCGGAUUAUCUCCUGAAAAGCAGCAAUGUGAAGACAAAUGGGGGCAUUUAUGUGCUCUGGCGGAUUUCUCCAUUGCACUCAACGAAAGCAUUCAAGAAAUCAACAAGCAUUCGUUUAACAACUUCGAACUCCGCAUUGGCAUCAGCCACGGCUCUGUCGUAGCGGGCGUUAUCGGUGCUAAGAAACCCCAGUACGACAUCUGGGGCAAAACGGUUAACUUAGCCAGCCGCAUGGACAGCACGGGCAUUAGCGGGAGAAUGCAAGUGCCUGAGGAAACGUAUCUCAUCCUGAAGGACCGGGGGUUUGCCUUUGACUACCGGGGGGAGAUCUACGUCAAGGGCAUCAGCGAGCAAGAAGGCAAAAUCAAAACCUAUUUUCUUCUGGGAAGAGAACAGCCGAACCCUUUGAUCUUGCAGCCCAGAAAACUGACCGGACAGUACUCCCUGGCGGCCGUCGUCUUGGGGCUUGUGCAGUCUCUUAACCGGCAAAAACAGAAGCAGAUCUUGAACGAGAACAACAAUUCCGGGAUCAUUAAGGGGCACUACAACCGGCGGACUUUGCUCAGCUCCGGCGGGCCCGACUCGGCGGCCCAAGCUGAGGGUGUGGACAAAACAGAACUGCCAUAAACCUGCAUCUUUUUUUUGGUGUGUUCGUUUCUUUUUCUUUUCUUUUUUUAAUUUCUUUUUUAUAUAUAAAAUAAAUAUAUAAAUAAAAAUAUC